AUGAACGACUAAAACUCUCGAUCUCACAACUCAAAUAAAGUUUAUGAUCAAGCUCCAAACGCAAAUAAAUUUGAGCAAUUCGAUAUAGAAGAUGCCAACAUUGCAUAAAAAAGCACAAUUCCUCACCUUAAAACUGACCAAGGAGCAAGCGUUUAUAAUGCAACAAUAAACAUAUGCAAAAGCGGUUUUGGGACAACAAUUUUAUUUAUGCCUUAUGUUUUUAUGAAAUGUGGCUCUAUUCUUUCAAUCAUACUUAUGACUUUUACAGGAGCCCUCUGUUACUAUGCAUGGAUGUAGCUGAUAAAAGUCAUUUAAAAGAUAGAAGAAUAAGAGAAUUACAGACGAAGCGUAACACUAAAAUAGGCAGUAGAAACUAUUUUGGGAGAGAGAAUGGUUUAAGUAGUAGAAUUUUUCACAGUAUUUUUCAAUUUCGGGACUAUACUGAGCUAUAUGGUUUUUAUUCAAAAAUCAAUGGAUGAUAUUCUGAAAUAUAAGUUGAUUCUAUGCAUUAUAAUGGCAGCCAUUUUUAUUCCAGUUUCUCUUUACAGAAAUAUACAAAAGUUAGGUAUAUUUAGCUAAUUUGGGCUCACAACAUUUUUCGUAGCAGUUUUGAUAAUAAUUAUUAAAUCUUUGUAUAUAUUAUUCUCUGGUAAUACUAGCAGCAACGAUCCAAAUUUUCAAUACAACCUAUUCUCCUUUAAUGAAAUCCCUCUCUUUUUUGGAGUUUACGUAUUUGCUUAUGAUAUAAAUGGAGUAGUGACUGAAGUAUACGCAUCUAUGGAAGAGAGGAACAAAUUUGACAUUAUUCUUUACAGAUAUGUCAUAGUCAUGUGCUUAACUGGUUUGAUCACAGGAGCAAUAGGUUAUGCGGCGUUUAAAGAUACAACAUCUGACUUGAUAUUUAACAAUUUAGUAGAUAUGGGUUCUAUUUAGUAAAUACUAAAAAUAUUCUAUGCAAUCAGCUUACUCGGAAGUAUUUUGUUGUACGGGUUUCCUAUCCUCCAAAGAAUAGAUACGUUUAUGGAAAGAAGAUAUUUCACUAAUCAAAACGUUUAGAGGACAGGAGUUAGAUUACUUUUCUUUUUGUUGAUAUUCAUUUUAGCUACAUAACUGCCUAAAUUAACUGAUUUGUUUAACUUGUUGGGAUGUGUAUUUUCUAUUGGGCUUGGAUUUGUUUUUCCUAUUAUGCUAUCUGAAAAAAUAUCUGAAGGUGAUAAAGAUCACAGGAGAAAAGUGAUUAAUUAUACAGUAUUAUUUAUUGGACUUUUUGGAGGGCUUUCAGGAGUUGUGUCUACGUUAAUAGAAAUUUUUUGA